AUGAAGUUCGCCCUCUUCAUCGCUCUCGUCGCGCUCGUCGCUGCUCAGUCUUUUGUAUACUGUGCCCCAAUUCCGCGCUCUGCGACGGAUGUCGUGUUUAGCCAAUACGUGAGUUGCAAGUGAUCCAUGGAGACGCUGGCAGCUUCUCGUCGCUGAAUCUGCCCGUUUCCAAUCUUGCAGUUGAGACGCGGUGCUCCAGUGCGCAUGUCCUACUCGCCCAAGGGUCAAAACCUGUCGGACAAGGAGAAAAAGGAAGCGGAAUCGGCCGCCAAGUUUCACAAUGCCAACAACGAUCCCAAAAUGACCGGCUAUCAAGCCAGCACUGGAUUCCACAUAAGCGGAACGGAUGGACAUCCCCACGUGACCGGAUAUGCUCAACAAGGUCCAAAGGGGAACCAGCAGUACAAGGACAAGGAUGGCAAUGAUCAGACGCAUCUUUACCUGCCCACCGGUCAGCAGUGGACUCAACCAAACACCGGUACAACCCCCGGAAAGGUCUGGACCGGUGCGCCCGAGAAUCAGCAGUGGGGUGCGCCUCAGGGUCGUCUUCCAUGA